GGGGAGCGGGAGCGCGCUUUACGUGUCUGGUUAGUGGACUGACAGCCAGCUGUGUGGCUACAAAGACAACAACAAUCUCCUGGCUUUGCUAAACACAACUCGAUUAGUGUUGGUCUGCCGCCGGUCACGUCGUACACCACAGCUAGUUUACGAAGUGAGGACUCGACGGCGCGAAGCAGAAACAAGCAGUAUCGUCGGUGGCUUCCGUGCUAACUAGCUAGAAGAGCAUUCCUCCAACAUGAAUCCGAUUUGUAGCAGAUGUGAACAAGUCGUUUACCCCACGGAAAAAGUGAAUUGUCUGGACAAGUACUGGCAUAAAGGAUGCUUCAGCUGCGAGAUCUGCAAAAUGACUCUUAACAUGAAGAAUUACAAAGGCUUUGGGAAGAAACCAUACUGCAAUGCACACUAUCCCAGGACACACUUCACCGCUGUGGCCGACACUCCAGAGAACCGCCGCCUCAAAGAGCAGAGCAAGAUACAGAGCCAGGUUCACUACAGGGAGGAUUUUGAGAAGAAUAAAGGGAAAGGGUUCAGCGUGGUUGCAGACACGCCAGAGAUGCAGAGAAUUAAGAAAUCGCAGGAACAAAUCAGCAAUAUAAAGUACCAUGAGGACUUUGACAAGAAGAAGACUAUGGGAGAUCUCCCACCCAUGCAGCCGAGCAACGCCAGCCAAGCCGCUUACCAGCAGCCUGCAGCCGCUAAGAACUUCAACUAUGAUCCCGUUCCUGAACCAGUGCAGGCCGCCGCCCCGCCUCCCAGUACAGGGAAGCGGUACCGGGCCGUGUACGACUACGUCGCGGCCGAUGACGACGAGGUGUCCUUCGUGGACGGAGACGUGAUCGCAGACGUGCAGCAGAUCGACGAGGGCUGGAUGUACGGCCGCGUGGAGCGCACCGGCAGUCUGGGCAUGCUGCCCUCCAACUACGUGGAGGCCAUCUGAGCGAGGGGGGAAAUUAAAAGGGAGGGUAGAGAAAAAAUGAGGAGGUAAAGAGAGGGAGGAAAGGAUAAGCCCAGUGCCAUCUCAUCUUAACGCCGCUUUCUCUUUAUUUUACUCUUGUUCCUGAAUCUGUCCUGGUGAGACCCUGAACGCCACUCCCAUCUCUGGUCUCUCCUCACUGCUCCAACACCGAUGCCCUUUACCUGUGUGUCCUUCUGUCUGCCUGCCUGCCUCUUUGUCCGUUUGUCUGUGCUGAGGUCUGUCCCUGUUUUGGAUGUUUUGUCAUCCUCGGUUUUUCCAAACCUGGCUCUACUCACAAGUGCUGUCACAAGGGUAAAAAUGAAGGUUCAUCGCCGUAUGCCGUGUUCACAGCUCCAUCCUAGCUACAGCGCUUGCAAUCCUAGCAUUAUAUCCUGCAAAAAUAUAGCAAGAAAAAAAAUGUAAAAAGCUCUUUUCCCCCUUACGGGUCAGUCGCCGCAGCCACAGAGAUCUUUCUGUGGAGAAAAUAAGUUUGAAACGUGGUUGGUAUGGCAUUUAUUUUAUAGUUUUUUUUUUUCUUUUUUUCUUUUCAUUUUGCAGCGUGAUCUUGGCCAGACUGGAAAUGCAGUGUAGAAUCUCAGUCGAUCAGAACUAAGCUUGAAAAUGUUUGACUUGUGUACAUUCCUUUAACCUCUCACCGUGUUGCUGUUGCACCAAUCACAGUUAUCAGUCUUAACAGAGGGGUUUUUAAUAUAUUUAUAGAUAGACACGCACAUCUCCCCAUUGUGUGCUGGAGGAGGCUCCCUGGUGUUCUUCGUUGUGAAACUGGAAUGGUAGCCUAACUGAAGAGCAUCUUCUGCCGUGGCCUUUCCUCAGGCAUCGCAGGGGGGGAUCAGGGAGAAGUUAGGGGACAUUAUCGGUCCGUCUCUUGCAGCCACACUGAAUACAUCACCUCAGUCGGUGGGGAUGUACCAUUUGUACACCAUUUAUUCCUGUUUCCUGUGGUCUGAAUGCCUUCUGUCAGAGAAUCACAAAGUAAUGGGGAUGACGGUUAACCCCCCCACACACACACCCUUGCUACAAAAUCACCAAGAAAACCCAUUCAUAGAAGAGAAGGCCAAGCACAGCUCUACAUUGUGAAUCCUUUUUUUUUUUUUUUUUUUUACAUCUUAAAUUCAUUCCACUAGUUUUCUGAUUUGAAAAUUCUUUGUUUUCCAUUUAAUGUGAGAAAUUAAAUCCUUGGCUGUGGUAAAUCUCAUUCUCAUGCUGUUCUUCCUUUUGCCUUUCUUGUUGUUGUUGUAAGAUGAUUAUUAUUUUUCAAAACUCUGUAUUAAAUAAAUAAACCAGCAACUCAGUUUAUGAACCACGGCCGGAGUGUUUGUCUAGACUUGUGCAGUCGCAGUAUUUCAUCAGUUGUGUGAUUUUAGGCGAGAGGCAUUUUUUUUAUGUGGGCACAGUGGCGGCAGCUGGAGCCCGUUUCUGAUCAGCGGAUCUCAAGCUGUUAAAUGCUUAAAAUCUUCUAAGAAAGGGUCAUGUUACAGAAUGGCAUUUAAAAUACACUCUUGUACUUCAUUAUUUUAUACUCAGGCCUGGCUUUACUAGAACGGUCAGUCACCUGUCAGUCAGAGCAGUUGAGCCCCCAAAUAGUUCACUUUUAUUUUCUUUUUCUUUUGUAUGUUUAACCAUUCGAUCUGCCUCAAUUUAGCAGCAUUUGGUUGGUGGGUGUUGCUAUGGUGAUGGUUGGUUCAUAAACACAAGAUCACGUUGCUGUCUAACAGAAAUGCUGUAUCAUUCCUUCAUUGUAGAUACUGUCUUUCUGUGAGGAGGAUCUGUAUUCAAUUUAAAAAAUAUAUAUAUAUUUGACCAUUUUUCAUUGGUGUCAAUUAGGUCAUUGUCCCCAGGUCAUACUUCCCUUUUCAUUCUCCUGUGAUGCACAGUUACUAUCAGUCAUGAGCGAUCAGGCCGGAGCGAUUUUAAGGUGUGGAGGGGAAAUGUUCAGCUUUAUGAAAAGAAACAAUGCUCUCACUGUGUAGCUAGAUGACAUUGUAUAAUUUUAUGUUUCAUAAAGGUAAGUUGGGGGAAAAUGUUUUUACGGCUCAUGGUGCUCUUGGAAGUGGUUUGCCUUCAGAUUAAAGUUCUUUCUUUUUCUUUUUUGUUAAUGUUUAGGGGAAAUGGUGAUUUUUAAAAGUUUGCUCAUGGAAGAAGAUCCGGUUUGGUUCGGGUUGGUGUUGAAUAUUAACUUUUUGCAACAUUGAUAGCUUGUGACAGUGCUGAUCACUGAAUUGGAAACCAAUAGGAUAAUAGCUUUGCCAAAAACAAGUGUUUGCUUGUAUUUUGCAUUCACCUCUACUUGACAACAGGACACAUUCAUUUGCAGAACCGCUGCCAGGUGGGAAAGCCGUUCUAGAGCUCACAGUUGUGUUGGUUAAACCGGAGAGUUGCCCAUAAGUGAAAUGAUUGUUCCUGGUUGGUCAUUUACUUAACGACGCUACUCUCACUUUUGGACUCUGUUACUUCUGCAGAUUACAUCCAAUUCAAACCUCUUUUUUUCCCCUCAGCUGUUGGUGUUCUGGUUGAAAAAAAUAAAAACAUAAGAAAAUGGGCAGUGUUGUUUAAGUAUGACUCAGGAUGGAUUUCUUGGUGCAAAGUCUAAUUUGAGCGUAUAGUGCUCUGUUAGUGGAGAGGGGGGGGUGGUGGUGAUGAUGAUGAUCUGAUGCCCUCAAUCUCCCAGGCAGUGGGGGAGGGCAAGUUCUUCGUCUGACCUGGUUAUUAGUCAGGGGGUUGACCUCCUUAGCGCCAAUAGCGCUCUUCUACUCUGGCAUCGCUCAUCUACUGAGUAGUGACUUCAUAUCUUGACCCUGUUUCCAUUCAGUUUCUGUCUAGUAUCCUGUGUCUCCCUCCCCCCUCUCCCCCGCUGAGAUCCCUCUUUCCUUCAGACUUCAUUGUAGGCUCCUGCACCCCUGAUGAAUCAUUCCCUGCUCCUAUGAUACUGGUUACAUACUGUAGACUUUGCGGAGUGAAAUCAUGUAAUCCACAAUCAGGUUUAGCAUUCAGACCGGUGUUGUGCAUUCCACCUUUAAAUUGUUUAGUUUUUUUGUAUAAUUUUGUGUUUUUUUUUAAUUAACAAAUAAAGAUAGCAUAUGCUCAUUGACAUAAAUGUGUAUUCAAAGCUCAUUCUGAAUACAUACUCCGAAUUAAGGACCUGAUAUCAUCUCCUGUUACACUUCAAAUUGUACUUAUGAUUCAGAAGAUUCAAUAAAAUGUCAUUUUUUCUCAA